GAGAAUUGCAGGUUAAAUUCGAUUGUGUAAUGUCAAAAAUAGUGCGAUUAAAAACUUUUCAAUUAUAUUAAAUAUUUGUUCCUUUAAUGCAAGCACAUUAAAUAAUUUAAUGUUCCUUGUAGAAAACAUAUUAAAUUAUUUAAUAAAAUAAAAUAAAAUGGCCAAAUAUAUAGCUCAAAUUAUUGUUCUUGGAGGCCAAGCAAUCGGUCGGGCAUUUGCCAAAGCACUAAAGCAAGAGAUCCAAGCAUCACAAGAAGCGGCUAAACGCGCUGGUGGUGGUCAAAGAGGCGAAAAUAGAGCUGCUGCAAAUGCAAGAACAGGAAUGACACUAGAAGAGGCCAAACAAAUACUCAAUGUAAACGACCUGGAACCAGAAGCAGUUAAAAAAAAUUACGAACAUCUAUUUCAAAUGAAUGAUAAAGCCAAAGGUGGCUCAUUUUACAUACAAUCAAAAGUCUUCCGAGCAAAGGAGCGCAUAGAUCAGGAACUAACGGAAAAUCGACCAAAACCCAAAGAUCCCAGAACGCCGCCUGAGAAUCGAUGAACAAAUUCGCUAGUAGACGACCAUUUAGUUGUUUCUUUUUUAUUUAGUUAUGUACGUAGCUCUGUGAAUAUGAUUUUUAAGUAAGAGAUCUGUAUAUUUAAGCAAAGUGUUGGCCACUUUGUUGUAGACAACAUGAUUUAAGUUUGUGCUUUGCUUUAUUAAACAAAAAAAGACGUUAUCAAUUGAAUGCAA